GGAUUCACAUUCAGCCAAACCAGAAGAAGAAAAUACCUUUCGCGAGUUCAAGCCGCAACCUUUUUCUUCUCUCUCUGUCUUUCUGGUAGUACUGUGCACUGCGUUACCUCAUGGCUCAUACCUUAUUUGGGUAUUAUAGUCACUACCGGGAAACCAUAUCGGGAACCCACUAAAUCUGCUAAAGAAGUCUACAGGACCAGCGGUGAUUAAGCCUGAGUCUUAGACUCGUCUACGAAAUAACCACACAUGUCAUUUCCAUUAUGAUUUUUUCAGCAAUGGCAGCAUCAGGAGCUCCUCCUACUUUGAUCUAUCCAAGGAAAUCAAACCAGUCUUACUGUUAUACUGGAAUUUCGUCAGUACCUACUCAUCCUCAGAAGAAGCAGAAGAAGAGAAGGUGUGAUUAUUUUGAUCUUUCAAAAGAAUUUGUUCCUUAUGAAAAAGCGUGGUCAUGGCAAAAAUUAAUAGUUAAGCAAAGACAAGUUUUGAUUGAAAAAAAUGAAGAUUUCGCUGAUACAUUACUUAUACUUCAACAUCAUCCUGUUUAUACAUUGGGUACAUCUAGUUCUGAGGAAUAUUUGAAAUUUGAUAUAAAGGAUGCUCCUUAUGAUAUUUAUCGGACUGAACGUGGCGGUGAGGUUACGUAUCAUGGACCUGGUCAGCUUGUUAUGUACCCUAUUAUCAAUCUUCGCUACGAUAAAAUGGAUCUCCAUUGGUACCUAAGGGCACUUGAGGAGGUGGUCAUACGAGUACUAUCCUCAGCGUUCUCUAUUAAGGGUUCUCGAGUUGAUGGUUUAACUGGCUCUUGGGUUGGAAGUCAGAAGCUUGCUGCCAUUGGUAUUCGAGUUUCUCGGUGGAUAACUUAUCAUGGUCUAGCACUUAAUGUUUCCACAGACCUUGGUCCUUUUCAGCAGAUAGUCCCAUGCGGCAUACAGGGUCAUCAGGUUGGAAGCGUUAAGUCACUUCUGGAGGAAUCAGUAUCACCCUCCAUAGAAGGCGGUGUUGGAGACAACCUUCACUUGAAUGCUUGUGAACUUUUGGAUGCUGCAUAUGAUUCCUUACUUGCAGAAUUCUCAGAAGUUUUCGAGCUUUCCCUCCACCUUAGACCCGUCUCUGACUUGGACCUUCUGAAGGAAAAGUGUUGAGCGCACUAAAUUAGAAGAGAUCAUAUACUUCCCAUUUCUUGUAAUGCAGCAUAUUCUAGCUUUCUUGCUGCAGGUGUAUUCUGGUCCUGCCCUAGCUAGAUUUGAGAAGAAUCACAGCAAAUGUGAAGACAUUUCAAGAUAACUGCAUACAUUCCCAUUAACAUGGCUUGUCAAGAUUGUCAAGAAAGAAAUUUUGAUUUGAGAAAGAAAUAAAUGCCGAGUCAUAGUAAGCAAUUUGAUACCCACUAUUUGAAGAUGUAUAGUCACAGUUAGUGGUUCCAUGUUCUUCUCAGUUAGGUGUUAUUCUUAAUUAAAGCAGUUUUAGACUUCUUCUGUUCUAGGGUGGUGAAAAGUGUGACUUGUAGAUGGGUUGUAGUUUUAGACCAUACCGUGUAUAAGUCGGACUCAUGGGGCAUGCUGCAGAUUUUCUGAUGGUGCUUGAUUCCACUGAAUGUAUCCAAAUGCUUGUGGUGAAAAUUGGUUUCUAAAUGGUAAAUUCGCGGUCCUGAGUACUGCAUACAGGAACGAUUUUUUUUUUAAGUUCCCGGCUCUGAUUUGAUCUAUA